CUUCCUUCCAUAAGAAGGAGCUCCUAUCCAUCCAUCCACACCAGCGACUCAAACUCAAAUCUGUGACGCCCCGAAGGAACCUUGAUGAGCGCCCUAGGCUCGACGGAGAUGCGCGCAGCUCGAGGGGCGGCACGACCAGCGAGCGGACCCUCUGGCGCAGCGUCGGCUCGCGGAGCUCGGCGAGGCGGCGGCCGUGCGGGUGCUGCAGAGGAUCGGGCGGUCCAGGCAGCCGGUGCAGAAUCUGUCCGCCUACAUCCAGUGGAUGAUGAAGCACGAGUCAGAGGAGCGCGCCGCCGCCGGCGGCUCCGUGCCGUCACAGCGAGGAGGUGAUGCUGUAUUGGGGACGGUGAAUCAUCACAUUCACAUUUCCUUGGGUCUCCCAACCCAUGCCACGAUCAAUGCCGGGAGCCCUGCCCGAUCGACGCAUUACAGUUUGCAGCUGCCAGGAAGCUCUGGCCAUGGCCUUGCGUCUGGGCCGCAGCAUCAGGCGGGGAUCGAGAGCCCGGCCCGGCAUGCCAUUGCUUCACCUACAAGAACGGUGUCCUCCCCAAGCCCCGUGAGGAACAUCGUAAAAUCUCUGCAUCAGUUGGCACUAGGAGGCCUACCGAGAAACGUAGGGGCUGAACUCGAUACACAGCCGACACCGGCGCGCAUGAUGCAAGCAGACCUUUCUCUUGUCAAUGCAAACACAUCAAAGGCAACAGCGAACCUGCACAUGACCACGAUGGCGCUUGGGGAGCUAGAGUUCAACGAGGUUUUCUUGAUAUAUGUGUACCUUGGCCGCAACAAGAUAGAAGAUGUGUGUGAGUUACGAGAAGAUUAUAUUAGGUCACUGCCUUCACUUUCAAUGAAAGAUUUUGAACCAGAAAUUUGGCACAGAUUUGGUCACAAGUUUGUAGCCGAAUCAGAUAGAAGGAGGAACCUUGACUGGGGGGAUUCAAGUAAGGCAAGAGUGUAUCAUUGCUGUUUGGAGAUAGCAGAUGGCUCCGUAGUUACCAUCUUUAAGGGGCCAUAUCUUGAAACCUCGAGGAACAAGCUGCAGAAAGUUGUUGGCGAUGAAAACAUUCUUGUUGUGAAGUUCUCGGAUAUACCUGGGCAAAGAAACUUUGGCAAUAACGUCGGUGCCUACUAUAGUGUUUACCAUAAGGUUGCUGAAGAUGGCAUCAGCUUGGGUUUGCGUCGUUACCGUUAUCUCAUUCACAAAGACGGGGGCAAGGAGGAGAAACGAAAAGAGGGAACCAAGAAAUUUUCUUCCGGUGUUAAAUGCUACUUUCUACGCACUGAAUCUGGGUGGAACAGAGAUGAUGGUUAUAUCCUCUCCAAUAAAACAAUUGAUGAGGCCCGCAAACUUUUUAUGCACGUUCACACUGUUCCCACCUUGGCAAAAUAUUUGGCCAGGUUUGCUUUGGUAUUGUCCAAAGAUAGAAAUGGAAACAUUGUUUUCAGUCAUGGGGAGCCUUUGAUCCACACUGAUGGGACUGGCCUAAUCUCAGAAGAUAUAGCCAAUAAAUGCCCGACGAGUGUCGUCAAGGGAAACUUUUCGAGGACACCUGACCUGCAACUUCUUCCUGGAACUAUUAAGAUACGGCGGUCAAUGAUCAAAACAGCAUCUGAUCCAAAUCUACAGGACGAGCAGUCCUUUAACUCACUGGAAAUAGUUGGUACAAGCAAAUAUCCAAAAAGAGCCUUUACAUCAAGGUUUUUAAUCGCACUGCUUCACUAUGGAGGGGUUCCAGCAGAUUAUUUUUUGGAGCUUGUAAGGAAGGCACUAAAAGAUGUUGAGAAAGCUUGUUAUAAAGCUAGUGAUUCUCUCGAAGUUGCAUAUAACCAUGCCAACUUGGAUGAUUCCAUGUCGGCACGAAUGAUUCUUUCUGGAAUUCAACCUGAAGAUGAUGCAUAUUUGCAAUACCAGCUGGCUUUUAUGAGUCGAGAAGAAAGAGAAGGAAUCAAAUUAGGAAGGAUUCCUAUUGAGGAGAGUUACUAUCUGAUGGGCACAUCAGACCCUACAGGGACACUAAAGCCCAAUGAAGUUUGUGUGAUACACGAGAAUGGACAAAUUUCUGGAGAUGUUCUUGUCUAUACAAAUCCUGGGUUACAUUUUGGCGAUAUACAUGUGUUAACUGCAACUCCAAUUCCUAAUUUGGAGAAGGAGAUUGUAGGAUUUUCCAAAUAUGUUAUAAUAUUUCCUAUUUCUGGUCCACGGUCUUUGGCUGACAAGAUGGCUAACAGCGACUUCGACGGUGAUAUGUACUUUGUAUCAAGAAAUCCCCAGUUACUUGAGCACUUCAGACCAUCUGAAGCAUGGGUUCCGAGAAACCCACCAAAAAAAGUCGAACAAAAGAAUCCUCGGGAUUAUGGUGGACCCCAGCUGGAAAGCCUGUUGUUCAAAGAAUUUUUGAAAAGUAGAUUUGUACCCAGUUAUACGAUAGGUACAGCUGCAGAUUGUUGGCUGGUAUACAUGGAUCAACUUUUGGUAGGCCAAGUUCAAGAAAGCAAACGCGAAAUGGAAAUAAAGGAUAAGACGCUUGACUUAGUUGACAUAUACUAUGAGUCUCUGGAUGCUCCCAAGACAGGGAUCAAGGUCGAUGUCCCCGAUGCACUGAGGGUCAAAAAAUAUCCCCACUAUAUGGAAAAAGGAGAUGAUCGGUCCUACCAUUCAACAUCAGUGCUCGGACAGAUCUAUGACGAAGCAAAAGCAUUGUCAGAGCAGUCUAAAGAUAUUCCUCCAAUCAAUAUAUCGCCCGUGGCGUGCUUUACAGAGGUGGCCGUGGGGGUAACCAAAGAGCGCAAGGAGCAGUGGAAAAGGCUUUACGACGAGUAUCGAGGAGAGAGCACAGCCCUCUACGAUAAGAAGUACAGCAAAGAAGAGAGAGACGUGGGGUUUACGAAGCUUUACCAGGGAAAAAUAUCAGAUAUAUCGCCCGUGGCGUGCUUUACAGAGGUGGCCGUGGGGGUAACCAAAGAGCGCAAGGAGCAGUGGAAAAGGCUUUACGACGAGUAUCGAGGAGAGAGCACAGCCCUCUACGAUAAGAAGUACAGCAAAGAAGAGAGAGACGUGGGGUUUACGAAGCUUUACCAGGGAAAAAUAUCAGAUAUAUCGCCCGUGGCGCGCUUUACAGAGGUGGCCGUGGGGGUAACCAAAGAGCGCAAGGAGCAGUGGAAAAGGCUUUACGACGAAUAUCGAGGAGAGAGCACAUCCCUCUACGAUAAGAAGUGCAGCAAAGAAGAGAGAGACGUGGGGUUUACGAAGCUUUACCAGGGGAAAAUAUCAGGUGAUAUAUCGCCCGUGGCGCGCUUUACAGAGGUGGCCGUGGGGGUAACCAAAGAGCGCAAGGAGCAGUGGAAAAGGCUUUACGACGAAUAUCGAGGAGAGAGCACAUCCCUCUACGAUAAGAAGUGCAGCAAAGAAGAGAGAGACGUGGGGUUUACGAAGCUUUACCAGGGGAAAAUAUCAGGUGAUCUAAAGGUUGAAAAGCUCCUGGAGCAUCUAAGAUUAGGUGCUCCCGUAGCACCAGAUAUCUUCCCGCUUUACCAGAAGUACAGGCGGAUGCUGUACGACGCCGAGGAGUUCGACCCACAUGGGCCGCACCGCCAUGAGCCUUGCCUAGGCUUCCACUGCUACACGCACCAGCCGCCGGACGCAAUCGAUCCCACCAUCACCUAUGCGCACCGCCUGAUGCUCACCCGAUUGAUCCAUCAGAUCGAUCGCCGCACAUCCCACGGGUUCACGCUGCCACGGUCUCUGCAUCAUCGUGAUGCACACAAUCAUGACUAUAUAUCGCCCGUGGAGCGCUUUACAGAGGUGGCCGUGGGGGUAACCAAAGAGCGCAAGGAGCAGUGGAAAAGGCUUUACGACGAAUAUCGAGGAGAGAGCACAUCCCUCUACGAUAAGAAGUGCAGCAAAGAAGAGAGAGACGUGGGGUUUACGAAGCUUUACCAGGGGAAAAUAUCAGGUGAUAUAUCGCCCGUGGCGCGCUUUACAGAGGUGGCCGUGGGGGUAACCAAAGAGCGCAAGGAGCAGUGGAAAAGGCUUUACGACGAAUAUCGAGGAGAGAGCACAUCCCUCUACGAUAAGAAGUGCAGCAAAGAAGAGAGAGACGUGGGGUUUACGAAGCUUUACCAGGGGAAAAUAUCAGGUGAUCUAAAGGUUGAAAAGCUCCUGGAGCAUCUAAGAUUAGGUGCUCCCGUAGCACCAGAUAUCCUCCCGCUUUACCAGAAGUACAGGCGGAUGCUGUACGACGCCGAGGAGUUCGACGAUAGCCUGAGGAACUACAACGAGGUGUUCGGCGAGGCCUGUGCCAUCUACCAGAUCGUCUAUGAGUACGCGCAGAGUCAGAACAAGGCUACAUUGUGCGGCUUUGCGUGGAAGGUCGCCGGCCGCGCACUGUGCCAUCUCCACGCAAUAAAGCGUGGCGGGGAGACGGUGCUCUGCUCGCAAUCCGUCCUCCGGGACGCUUUCAAGAAGAACCGUUGA